GGUAUGGUGGUAUCUAUGUCCUUAUCCAGAGCAUUUGCAAGAAUAUCUCAGAACUAAGAAGUUUUUCACAUUAAUUUUUAAAUUCUAAUCCAUUUUUUAACUGAGCCAAAACAGGUGACAAUGGGGGAAAAUAAAGAACCAGUCAACCCGGGCAGUGCAACUGAUACUAGUAUAAAUGAAGAAAAAAAGAAUAUAGGAGAGUCAGACGAGAGGCAACUGGCUGUUAAGCUGCGUCGUGUUGAGUGUGUGGGACCUUGGUUCCUUCGAUAUAUCCGUGAAAAAGAUGCGGAACAUCACCAUUGUGAAUCGCAAGAGGCAGAUGAAGAGGAGUAUGAAAUUGAAAAUGAUGAUACAUACUUGAAGAGCCUUGAUCCAAAAUUGUGGAAAAAUCAAGACCACUACGCAGUGUUGGGCUUAGCAAAGAUAAGACACCGUGCACCUGACGCUCUCAUUAGAAAGGCUUACAAACAAAAAGUGUUGCUGCACCACCCUGAUAAAAGAGCAAAUGCAGGAAAGAUAGAUAUUAAUAAUGAUUACUUUACUUGUAUCACAAAGGCUUGGGAAAUUCUUGGGUCAAAAGACAAGAGAAGAGCUUUUGAUUCGGUUGAUCCUGAAUUUGACAAUACAAUACCUUAUGAUAAUGAACAUGUAAGAAAACAUUUCUUUGAGGAAUUUGGUCCAAUCUUUGAGCGAAAUGCUAGAUGGAGUGAUAAAAAGAAUGUACCUAGACUGGGAGGUCCUGAUGCCACUAAAGAUGAAGUUGAGAGAUUUUACAACUUCUGGUUUAAUUUUGAAUCAUGGAGAGAGUUUUCUUAUUGGGAUUCAGAGGCCAAAGAAUCCGGUCAAGAUCGUGAUGAAAGAAAAUGGAUAGAAAAACAAAAUAAAGUUGACAGAGCAAAAAAGAAAAAGGAUGAAAUGGCUAGAAUAAGAAGAUUAAUCGACUUGGCCUACAAUCUAGAUCCACGAAUUGUGCAGUUUAGGAAUGAAGAAAAAGAACGAAAAUUGGCUAUGAAGAAAGCAAAACAAGAUGCUGCUAGAGAAAGAGCUGAAGAGUUGAAGCGAAUUGAAAGAGAAGCUGAGGAGAAAGCGAGACGGGAAAAAGAGGAAGAAGAAGCCAAGGAAAAAGCAAAAGCUGAAGCAUUAAAAGCAGAACGGGAAGCUGAAAAACGUAUUGUGAAAAAAGAGAGGAAAAAGAUUAGAGAUAUAUGCAAGGCCAAUAAUUAUUUUAUAUCGAAUGAUAAUGAAUUAGUACAAAAUAUGACAGCAAUAGAAAAAGCACUUACUGUUUACAGUAAGACAGAAUUGAUAGAGCUAACCAAAACUUUAGAAACCAAGGGUAAGGAUGGAUUUAUGGAGAUGAUGGCUUCAGUUGAAAAACAGUCUGAACAAGAGAGAAAACAAGAUGAAAGUUUUAUCAAUAAACAUAAUACAUCUCAAUCAAAUGACUCCAAGGGCACAGCUUGUUGGUCUAAGGAAGAUGUUCAAAUUCUCAUUAGAGCUGUUAACCUCUUUCCAGCUGGCACAGUACAGCGAUGGGAAGCCGUUACAAACUUCAUAAAUCAGCAUUAUAAUGGACUGCCUGGAGUAAAAGUAGUCAGAAACAAAAAGGAGGUUUUAUCAAAGGUCAAGGAGUUGCAAAAUACCUCUGGAGAUCAGUUGAAAGAAACCAUCAAUAAAAAUGCUUAUGAAAGUUUUGAAAAGGAGAAGAAGGCUUCGUUGGCUGUUGCAUCAGAAGCAUCUGAACGUGUUGACGCUGUAGCAGCAGCUACAAGUACAACACCGUGGACCUCGGAGGAGCAGAAACUUUUAGAGCAAGCCUUGAAGAGCUAUCCCAACGGGACACCAGAACGAUGGGACAGAAUUUCUGAGUGUGUCAAGUCUAGGAGUAAGAAAGAGUGUAUGCUCCGUUGCAAAGAACUGGCUGAAAUAGUAAAAGCGAAAAAAGCUGCCCAAGCAACAAAAAGUGCUACUGGUAAAUAACAAAGUACGUUUUUAUAGUAAUAAAUUCAUUUUUGUGCUUUACUGAUACGAUACGGUUUUAACUUCAUAAAAUGGUUUUGUGCUCUGGAAUGUAAAAAUUAAAGUCAAAGCAAAAAUAUAA